ACCAGCUGAGAUGUCAACAACGCACACGCAUGGCAGGGUGUUUCAAGAUGGCUGGUAUGAGAUGGAGUGUGGUUAGAUCUUUUCAAACUUUUUGCAUAAGCCCUAAUAUAAGUGAAAGUUUGUGUUGCCUUUUUCAACAAGUAAGAUUGAAGCAUCAAAACUAUCCAAGGCUUCGAAACCCCAUCUGGUUUGUGAAGAAAGAGAGGACAAAAUAUGAAGAACAUUUGACACAACAGAAUAAAUCAUUCAUCAGAGAUGUUGUUCAUGAUAAAUAUGGCGGUCCACCAGCAAUAAUUGGCGGUGUCAGUACAUACCAACAAAGUCCACUUAAAAUUCAACCUAUGGAUAGGGGUUCUUGGUUUCUUGGUUGCAGGAGGUCAGGUUUAAUUGCCCGUAACAUAGGCAUCUAUCCAAUGUGGCUUAAAGAUGGGACCAGAGUUCUCACAACCUUACUACAAGUUGUAGAUAAUCAUGUUAUCCGUUACAUCCCACCAGAAGAAUUUAACCCUCCACGAACAUCUGUAAGGAAUCCGAAAUCUAAACGACGGUUAGGAUGUUUACUUGUUGGUGCUGAGAGCGCAGAUCCACAGAAUUUCACAAAGGAGUACUGUGGACUUUUUAAAGAUUCUGGAGUGAUGCCAACAAAAAUACUGGGAAGAUUCCUUAUAUCUCCUGAAGCAGUAAUGCAGCCUGGAACACCCCUUUAUGCUUCUCAUUUUAAAGUGGGAGAUUAUGUAGAUGUCAGAGGCAAGACGAUUUAUCGUGGUUUCCAAGGCGUGGUGACACGUUGGGGAUUUAAAGGAGGUCCAGCAUCUCAUGGUGUUACAAAGACUCAUCGCAGACCUGGCAACAUUGGCAGUGGAGGAGAAAAGGCUCGUGUUUGGCCAGGACAGAAAAUGCCUGGUCAUAUGGGAAAUCGUUACAGAAUUCUUAAUGGACUCCAGGUGCUGAGGGUGAACACAAAAUAUAAUGUGAUCUGGGUGAAAGGGCAAGGAAUUCCUGGAGGGACAAACUCCAUUGUUUACAUAUAUGAUACCUUUCUCCCUCUGAGGAAGCCAAAGGAAGCACCUCAUUUUCCAACUUAUUAUCCAGAAGAUGAAGAGCCAUUGCCAGAUGAGAUAUAUUCUGAGAAUUUGCAUCCGUUCACUGCUCCAACUAUCAAAUAUGAAGAAAAUGUGUAAUGUUAUAACAGCUGUGUGAUUGUCUUGUAUUAUGUAGAAUGUUAUCAUUAAAAUUUCAUAUGUCUGUGUGUCA